ACAAACCCUCAUACCGUAUAUCAAACGAGUCGUGAGUAUUUAGGGCACAAGAAAAUGAAAAAGAAUAAAGAAAAGAAAAGAAUCCGAAUAGGAAGGGAUUAUGAGGUUAGAUUUGUUUGUAAUCCAAGAUCCUAGUAGUUCGAAAGCAGUGUCUUGGUUGAGUCUGAGAGGCCCAUACAUAAAUGGAUCUUGCCUUGCUCUCUUUCACCAUCUCAUUCCCAUUCCCUCCCACACAAUUCUCUCUCUUCACAUUUCGCGCUGCUACUUAUUUAGAGAGAGAAACAAAGAUGUCCUCACUGGUACUACUCCUUCACAAAUCAUAAACGGCCAUGUGUCAAUCCCUACCACCACCCCCAAUUCCGCUUCCCACCACCAAUGCCCUUCUCUCGCCGCCGCUCCUCCGCCGCCAUGUCUCACCACGAAUCACCCGACGGCGCCGUCAGAUCCGAUGAAUCCACCGCUCUCAUCGCCAGAAUGCUGGAUUCGGAGCCCCACCAUAUGCCCCACCCCGAUUAUAUCCAUCUCUGCCAUAACCGCUCCAUCCACCUCACCUCUCGCCAGGACUCCAUCAAUUCCAUCCUCAAGGUACAUGCACACUUCGAAUUCAAACCGGUCACGGCUUUCCUCUCCAUCAACUACUUCGACCGUUUCCUCGCCGCUCAUUCGCUUCCGGAAACUGGAUGGUCGUUCCAGCUUCUAUCAGUGGCUUGCCUAUCUCUUGCGGCGAAAAUGGAGGAAUUGCACGUUCCGUGGCUUCUAGACCUGCAAACACUCGAGCGCACCUACAUUUUCGAGCCGAAGACGAUACAGAGAAUGGAGCUUCUGGUUUUGGCGACUCUCAAUUGGAGAUUGCGCUCCGUCACUCCAUUCGAUUACCUCCAUCACUUCAUCUCCAUGCUUCCUUCCUCCGCUGCCUCGCCGAGUUUCGAUUUCGCCGUUCACACCGUCGCCUCCAAUAUAAUCCUCAAUACCAGCCGUGUGAUAGAUUUUAUGAGGUUUCCUCCAUCGGUGAUUGCAGCAGCCGCGGCGAUCUCCGCCGGCGGCGCGGGUGCAGAUCUGCCCGAUACGCUCGAUGAGAGAAUAAACAGAGAAAUGGUGAGAAGCUGUCAUCAACUAAUGGAGGAAUACUUGUUGGACACGUGUCCGUCGUCCGACGGUCUUAAACUCGUGAGCGCCGCGCCGCCGAGUCCUCUCGGCGUCCUCGAUGCGGCGGCUUGUGCCAGCUGCGACACCCACUCCGAAAAUCCAGCCGACCCUCAAAAUAAGCGGCCGAGAUUGUCUGCACCGGAUGUACAGGAAUCGUAACCAUAGAUAGCGUUAGGUAUUCUUCCCUUUUCUCCGGAAAAAGGAAAAAAAAACCCUAUAUUCUUUUUUAUUAUUUUUGCCUUUUUCCUUAUAAGGAUUUGGAGGGUGUGAAACUUUUGAUUCAAUUGGCGUAAUUAUUUCCAUAAUUGAAUGUUAAAAGGAUGGACUCUUUAUUUAUUAGUCCAAGAA